AGGGGGGAGGGAUACUGGGUGUGGUGAUGUAUAAAGCAUCUUUGCCACCCAUUGGUUCAUCACAACAGCUCUACCAAGAUCAACAGUAGCCUCCAGUUGUCUUAAACCUCAGCACUGCCCUAAUCAUGUCUGACAUCCAGAAGGCUAUGGCCCUGCUCAUCAGCACCUUUGAUAAAUACUCUGGCAAGGAGGGAGACAAAAACACCCUAAGCAAGGAAGAGCUGAAGGAUCUUCUUCAAAAUGAGUUUGGAGAAAUGCUUUGCAAAGCCAAUGACAAGGCAGCAAUAGACCGCAUCUUCAAUGAUCUGGACAGAGACAAGAGCAACAGUGUGGACUUUGGUGAGUUUGUCAGGAUGGUCUGCUGCCUCACUGAGAUGUGCCACGAGUACUUUGUCUCCAGAAAAUAAGGAUCCGAGCGCCACCUUGGGGCCAGCUGAGAGAGCUGCUGUUCGGUGACAGGAAGUGUCCCUUGACAGCUGUUUUAAAGAAGAUAUAAACACAAAUAUAUGACAGUGAAGUCAAACUUAUACUGAACUCCAAAAUAAAAUAAAUCUUUUUUUCUCUCUGAAAGAC